AUGGUGGAAGAAUAUGUGCAAGUCAAGGACGAGCUUGAUGCGUCGCGGUAUACCUCCAACAACCGUCCCCUGAUCGAACGCGCCGUGAAUGGUUGGCACCGCUUGGAAGAGAAGCGCUCCGAGAAGUCAUACCACGACUCCGAUUCUGACGACGACGACGACGAUCGCGAGCUCGCCCAUUGCUGCGAUCUUGACUCUGACGCCUCAUUUGUGAAUCUUUGUCAUGCUUUCUGCGCCAACCGCAGAGUCCGUCGUACUAUGCUCCUCACUGUAGUUUCCAUCCUGGCCCUCGUCUUCCUCUGCAGUGGUUACAUCUUUCCCGCAUGGCGCGAGCGGGAAGCUUUGGCUGAAGGUCUCGACAAUCCAAAUUCAUUUGGCCAUCAGAUGCCCGACAAGCUAAGCGACAUCAUACAGCUACAACAACUACCUUCUCACCACGCGCCAGGUGGUAAAUCCGACCCUGAUGGCAAGAGACGUCUGAUCUUCAUUGGCGACAUACAUGGCUGCAAGAACGAACUUCUUGAGCUGCUCAAGACUGUUGGUUUCAACAAGGAUCUGGACCAGAUCAUCGCUACUGGUGAUGUUGUCGCAAAGGGGCCUGAUUCCCCUGGCGUUAUCGACACCCUAGUUUCUCUCGGUGCUUUAUCUGUACGUGGCAAUCAUGAAGACCGCAUCUUGUUAGCCGCACAGUCAAGAACGUCCACUGGCGACUCGCUUGAGACAGUCGACGAAUCAUCUACAGACAUCUCUGCUGCAUCAAGAGGUGCUGGACUGAAGGGUGAAGCUCUUCUCAGCUACCUCAAACCACGCCAUCUCAAGUGGCUCCGUUCAUUGCCCCUGAUCAUCCAUGUCCCAGCACUCAGUCCACCGAAAAAUCCGGCUCCGGCAUUUUCUGAUCUGGACACUCUCGGCAAGAAAAAGAAGAAGGCAAAGACCUUCCAGAUCCUACACGACAUCAACGUCGUGCACGCGGGCCUUGUUCCGUCUGUGCCACUCCUUCGUCAGGAUCCAUUCUCUGUUAUGAACAUGCGCAGUAUGUCUCCAACCAACCACGUACCGAGCGAGAAUCGCAAAAGGGGCAUUCCAUGGGAGCGUGUCUGGGGCUGGUACAACGAUCGCAUCGCCCGUACUCGCUCACCAUUCAUGACCUGGCUCUUCGGAUCAAGCACCGAGUCCACAGAAGCAAAGAACUGGUGGAAGUCAUGGCACGGCCUGUACAACAGCGAAAACGACAACGAGGAAGCUCAGACAACGGUCAAGCACCCACCACCCUCUGUCGUUGUCUACGGACAUGACAGCCCCCGUGGUCUCAAUCUCAAGAGAUGGAGCAAGGGUCUCGAUAGCGGUUGCGUGAACGGCGACAAACUCACUGCUAUGGUAUUAAAUGCCUGGGGACAAGCAGAGAUUGUCAGUGUGAAUUGCAGGCACCGCAAAUGA